GCCCCUUUGGAGUGCCCGCUUUUGGCCCCUUGUCGAUCUCCCGGAAAGUCGGGGCCAUGCGGCGGGCCAUGCAGAGAUUUCACACCGAGCCCGCGCCGCUGAAGUUGCGGAAGCCCACGCUUCACUCAGUGCGGAGCAUGGGCGCCGGGCAAAAUGCACCCACGAUUCCCGACACAGACGGCGUGAAUGACAUGCUGCAAGAGGCUGGCCAGAACGCUACUCUCAUGGACGUCGCCCGUGGCAUUCUUGAUCGAUUGGUGGAACGACCUGAGCUGGAGGUUCAGGUUGAAGAAAUCCUUUUUCUGAAGGAGUGCUUGGGCUCGAACUUGGAAACCCUGGCGAUGCCAUGUAUGCUGCUACAGCGGGACACUGGAGACGUGACACCAGGCGGCUAUGACUUUUUGAUGACCUAUACGAAGCAGGUCAACACCAGCUCCUCUUGUCCUGGAACUCCUGGGAGUCGUUCACGGACGCCCUCGGUGGCUUUUACUCGCCCGCCAUCGUGGGAGUCCCUGAAGUCCAGCAUGCUGGAGGACUUUGACAAAUGGGACUUUGACAGCUUUGAGCUAGCAGAUGCAACGAAGGGCAAUCCGUUGCACUUUGCUGGGUGGAAGGCCCUGGAUGCGUUCCUCACGGACCAGACGUCGGACAUUUUCCUGGAGAUGGAGAAGACCACGCGUUUUCUAGAGGCUGUGGAGGACAUGUAUGCUAAGCAAGGGUCUGUACUUUAUCACAACAAUGUUCAUGCGGCGGAUGUCACGCAAUGUGUACAUGCACUGCUUUCGCAAUUUGGCUUCGCUGCAUAUUUUGACCAGCUCAGCAUCCUUGCACUCAUUUUGGGUGCCGCCGUGCAUGACAUGGGCCACGAUGGACGGACCAAUUCCUUUCACGUGAACACAUGCGAUGAGAUUGCGUUGACGUACAACGACAUCAGCGUGCUUGAGAACAUGCACAUCUCGAAAACCUUCAAGCUGAUGCAUAGUGACCCGUCAACGAACAUCCUGGACGGGCUUAAGACAGAUCACCGCACUCGAUUACGCAAAGAGAUGGUUGAGGUGGUGCUUGGCACUGACAUGUCUUCUCACUUCAGCAGUGUGGCAGACUUCAAGACACUAAUUGAGAAGCUUGGAAACGAUCCUCGGGAAUGGCAUUGCGAAGCGAAAGCUAUGUCUGCUCUGCGAGUCAUGGUGCUCCAUGCCAUGGACAUCUCCAAUCCUGCCAAAGUCUUGCACAUCUCCGACAAGUGGUCGGAUCUGCUGCGGCAGGAGUUCUUCCUUCAAGGGGAUGAGGAGAAGCGACUUGGUCUACCCAUCUCGCCGCUCUGCGAUCGCGAGACAGUGCGUUUUGCCAGUUCGCAGGUGGGCUUUUUCACCAUCAUUGUGCAACCAACGUUUGCGUUGAUGGCUGAGCUGCAGCAUCCUGUGAAGGACGUGCUGCUGGCGCACCUUCAGUCUAACACCGAAACUUGGGAAGCGCGCAAGAGGAAGGAGUCUGCUGACCACAGCAGCCCCCAAGCCUCGGCCCAGCCUGCGGGCGUUUCCAGGUCCGAUAGAUCUGGCAGCGUUUGCCGGACAGCCUCAAGGCAGGAAGGCUCAAACAACAGCUUGCCUUCUGAGCUGCGGACCGUGCUACCUGGAGUGUCAUCAUCUCGACGAUGGUAAGUCCUGAGCUGCGCUCACACAACA